AUGCUCAAGCCAUUCAUUGCGAGGAAGAUUGUCUUCGAAUCGACGUGUCUGCUCUGUCGAACCGCUCUCAGUGCUUCGAAAUUUUCGAUUUGGUCCUUUUCGGACGCAAACGUGAGAUUUAAUUCGAGCGCAACUUCUGAUAGUUUUUCUAGAACGUCAAAAGUUUGUACUUGGAAUGGAAGUCGGAGGGUUGCCUUCCGUUGAUCUUGUCACGGUUCUCGGCUUCUGUCUUCGUCCUUCUCGGCAUGAUCUUCUCCAAAGUCGAGUUUAAUCGCUCAGCUAUUCACUUUUCAAACUUCAAGGUUUAAUUAGUUACUCAGAAGUCUUGAUAAUCGUUUUCAGUGCUGGGUCGACUCAAAAGAUACUUUUAUCUUGUUUUUAAGCGAGGCAAAAAUCAGGGAUUAUGAAGGUUUAUUUGUUACAAAGGCUUGAAAAUCAUUUCUUUUUCAGUCGAAUUGAAGUCUUUCGUGCCGCUGGUCGUCAUGGCGCGUUUUUAUUACCACAUCGUUGCUUUUAAUAAAAUGCAAUGGUGUCGUUUUCCUAAAAGAUGA